AUGCACGCACCUGUCGACGAGCUGGAGCAGAGCCUAGUCUGGCGCCAUGCCACGCUACCGGUCUGCCUGGGGGGGCUGGGGCUGAUAGACCCGCUUUCGGAGGCACCAGCCGCGUACCUGGCAUCCCUACACGCCGCCAACACCCUCCUCAGACACAUGACGCUGACGCCGGACAACCCGCUACAGCUUGUGGCGGACCUGGUGUCACCAAUGGGAGGGGCCCAGGGGGCAGCGGCAGGGGAGGUAACGCUACUGGACUUGCGCAACCGGCUACCUGACCAGGCGAGGGAGAUCCUGAAAGCAAAACACCAGAAGGGGGAGGCUCGACGGAAGGAAGAGAGGCGAAGGGAGGCUGAGAAGGGGGGUGGAGCACGAGGGGUGCCCCGGCCGAUGACGACAACAGAGGAGGCGCCAGAGGAGGAGGUGAGGAGGGUGGCGGAGCUGGGAGCAGGGCCGACGCCGCAUGAGGAGGGGCAGCGACGCCAGACGACAGCUGCUUCGACGACUACAGCGACACGGCCGGCGACGGCACAGGCGGAGCACCCAGGCGCAAGGAGAGCGGCUGCGGUUGAAGUAGAGGGCCUACAACCUUCCGCUGGACAGAGGGGGCAGGGCGAGACGGACGGCGGCGACGGAGCGAACCACCACGGGCCCGGAGGUGGGGGUGAGUCCGCCCGCGGGGAGAACGAUAUAUCGGCUCACAACGCCGGGCAGGCGUCCCGGCCCCCUCGUGCUUGA